AUCUAGGUGGGUCAGCUCAGAACAAGGAAAUAUUUCUGCUCAUUCCACAAUGGAUUCAGAGAAACCAAACUACAUUCUGAACUAAAACUAAUCUCUGAAAACAGGUACAACCAGACAGAUCACAUCUUUCUCUCUACACUCCCAGCUCUGCUCAGCCUGGCCUCAGUCCAACACCAUCUCCUGUAGCUGUGGACAGGAGCAGGAUAUCACUCCAACUCUCUCUGUCACACAGUUUCAGAGAAACGAAACUUAACUCUGUCUCUGUCAGUAAAAUGAGCAGUAAAAUAGCAGAGGCCAGUAUCUAGGUGGGUCAGCUCAGAACAAGGAAAUAUUUCUUGCUCAUUCUACAAUGGAUUCAGAGAAACCAAACUACAUUCUGAACUAAAACAAAUCUGUCACUUUGAGCAGUAAAAUGGCACAGGCUGCAGGUGUUCUGUAUCAGCACCAGUUGAGCUGUUCGGUCUGUCUGGAUCUGCUGAAGGAUCCGGUCGCUAUUCCCUGUGGACACAGUUUCUGUUUGGGCUGUAUUAAGGGCUGCUGGGAUCAGGAUGAUCAUACUGGUGUCUACAGCUGUCCCCAGUGCAGACAGACCUUUACCCCAAGGCCUGAUUUAAGAAAAAGCACCAUGUUUGCUGAAGUGGUAGAGAAACUGACAAAGACAGAAUUGCAAGCUGCUCUUCCUGCUCACUGUUACGCUGGACCUGGAGACGUGGCGUGUGAUGUCUGCACUGGGAGAAAGCGCAAAGCUGUCAAGUCCUGUCUGGUGUGUCUGGCCUCUUACUGUGAAACUCACCUCCAGCCUCACUAUGAAUCUCCUGCCUUUAAGAAGCACAAUCUGGACAAAGCCACUGGAAACCUGCAGGAGAAGAUCUGCUCUCAUCAUGACAAACUGCUGGAGGUUUACUGUCGUACCGAUCAGCAGGGUAUCUGUUAUCUGUGUGUGAUGGAUGAACACAGAGGCCAUGAUACAGUCUCAGCUGCAGCAGAAAGGACUGAGAAACAGAUGCAGUUGGGGGUGACACAGUGUAAAUUCCAGCAGAGAAUCCAGGAGAGAGAGAAGGAACUGCAGGAUCUGAGACAGGCUGUGCAGUCACUCAAGCGCUCUGCACAGGCAGCAGUGGAGGACAGUGAGAGGAUCUUUACUGAGCUGAUCCGCUCCAUUGAGAAAAGGUGCUCUGAAGUGAAA